AUGAUCUUCCGCCUCUGGCCUCGUGAUCCCAAAGGACUAGCCAUCAAGCCAUCUCCAUUGAGGGGCAAGGAGGCUGGCAACGGAAUUGAUUUGUGGGGCGCGACACUCUACGACUUCUACCAUGUUCGACGUCUCCCAAACGUCCAAAACUUUAUCACCAACUCCUCAGGAAGCAGACUUGCGAAAUGGAUGCGCCAGAAUGGUGAGCUCAUAGCUCAGGAUGAGCUCUUUUGGGCCGAUAAGGAGGAGGAUCCCAAAGAGAUACCAGUAGCCGAUAUCGGGGAACUGAUAACGUGCUAUGAUACACGCGUCAAUUUGGGUACACUUGAUCAGUAUUCCAGUCCUGCCGCACCACUGCCAACCAUCAACUCGCCCUUCCAUCCCGACCAUUAUCCCUCCCCACACCCCUUCAUCCCUUGCACGCACGACGAUAAUCCAACACUCCAACAGCGGAUUCCUUUACAUCUUCUCCCUCAAAAGCUCUAUGUUCACGAUCCUUGGAACAAAUUAUCCAUCGAUGAGGGCGAUACCGAUUACCAGACUCCAUGGCUUUCCAAAGUUGCCAAGCGAGACAUCGUCCGAACCUAUUCCCUCUCCCUUUCACCUGAAGGCAAAGAAAAGGCGUUGAAGGAGCAGAAACUCGUCGAGAUAGCGGAAGAAGAAGCCACAAAGGAAGAGAGCUUGUUGCACAUCUUCCCCUCUGACAAGGAGGGACCAACGGAAGAUCCGUUGAUCGCAGUUAUACUCCCUCCGCGACCUCGGAAGAGAACGCAAGUUGAAGAAGCUCAUCUUUACCUUUCAUCUCGCGCAAUGGGCACUGGCAAUCAUUCAGUUGUGCACAGCGUGGAGUGGGAGCUUCCGCGUGAUGUUUUUAUAGAGACUCGUAUGUGCAGAGCUUGUGUGGAGUUGGACGCCCUGGACGAAUCCAAGGAACCGAGCGCGCUGGGGUCUGCCUCAAGGGAGGAUAAGGGGAAAGGCGAAGAAGUACCAGAGGAAAGCGAUGGAGAUGAAGAAGAAGAAGAAGAAGAAGAAGAAUUAUUCACCAUCGAACCCCCUAGGGUCGUCCGCAUGCCAUCUUACACUGGACCGUGUCUUCGCAUCUACACUAAUGUGAAGUGGCGAGGCCCUACAGAAGCAUGCGGACACGGCGGGGGACUGGGCUCGGGGGCCGUCCCACGCACCGCAACGCUCAGGGUCGUUGCGAAACUCUCGAUCGAACAUGACCUCCACCUCGCUCGAGAGGCAAGCAACUAUCAAUCGUUCCCCGACCACUUCUUCCAACACUGGAACGGAUAUAACGUCAUGCCCCCUCUGCACGAUCCUGUCCCCGUCGGGGCGCUCUGCCCGCAGUUCUACGGGUAUUACACACCCGAUGAUCCAAGUGACGGCACGGGUCGUCCUGAUUAUCUGAGUCCGAUAUUACUCCUGGAGUACUGUGGCCAGGAGAUUAAUCCAGAUGAGUUGUGUCUGGAUGACAGGCAAGAGUGCGCGUCUCUUGUCUUCCGCUUUCAUCAUGCGGGGUGGUUGCACGAGUCAUUCGCAGCGCGGAACAUCCUGUGGCAGCAGGGCAAGCCAACGGAAUGGCCAAUCCUGCGGCCGCACUCGAGUAAGAGCUUCCGCCUGAUAGACUUUGGCAGAUCGAAGAAGUUGGAUAAAGCAAUUACCAGGGCGAACGAGGAAGAAACAGCUUCGCGCUUGCUCCACUUGUUCCAUCACGCGGGAAUGCAAUAA